AUGGAAGAAGAUCUGGAAAUUUUAGAAAGAGCUUUGUUGAACCUUGAGGCUACAGAAACGGAAGAAAAGGCAAGCAAUCAUGAAGGUCUUUAUAAAAACUGGGGGAAACUAGGUAACCAAGAAGAAAGGAGAAAGCAUCUUUUGGAAAUUCAGAAAGGUAAUAGAAACAACAAAAUAGAUAAGUUUCGAGGUAUUUUGGAGCUUGUGAAUGCCGUUGAAGAUAAUAAAUUAUUUAAACCAUACAAGAAGGUUCCAUACAGGCCAAAUAUUUAUGUAGCAGGAUUCCAUAAAACAUGUCUUACGUACAAUAAUGUUCUGAUGUUGUCAGAAUGGAUGAUUGAAAAGCCAAGUGAUUUUAGUCAGAAUUGGUAUGUUGUUCCAUGUCCUAAAGCAGUAAGACUACUUGUAGUUGCAAAUCACGGUACUACAAAAUUCUACACAAAGUAUGGUCAUUUCAAAUUUGAGCGCCACACAGGUUUGCCAGGAGGUAAUCCUUAUAACUUUUAUCGCAAGAACUAUUGUGUAUUGGAUUGCUUUUACUAUGAAAAAACAAAUACACUGUACUUAUUGGACUUGCUGGCUUGGAAUAAUCAACCAAUGACUGAUGGAGAGACUGAAUUUCGACAAUACUGGAUGAAGACACAACUAGAGGAUUUUCCAGAUACAAAAACAAUAAAUAAGAAAAAUAAGGUUAUUAUCAAGAUACUACCCAUGAUGCCAUGCACAGAUGACUUUUUAACAUUUUUAUUAAGCACAUAUCCUCAAUUCGAAAACAAUACUCCGCCUUUAGAUGGUUUGCUCUUCUACCACAAGAAGGCGCACUACGUCGCCGGAGAGACUCCAUUGGUCGGUUGGCUUUAUCCUUACAUGAUACCUGAAGUUCUUGGAACGGGCAUUAAGCUCAAUCCAUGUUAUAUGUUGGAAAUGCCAGAGGGCUAUGUGAAUCAAGCUGAUUUCAUACAGAAAUUUGAAGCUAAACUGGCAAAGAAAAAAGAGAGGCGAAGUUCUCAGGCGAAUGAAAUGGAGACAGAUUCUAACAAAACUGAGACCACAACGCAAGAUACAGAAGAAACGCCAUCUUCAAUGGAAGCUGAUGAAUCUACCAAUAAACCUGAUGAUCAACCGACAGACGGUCUAGCUACUACU